GCAGGCAUCAUCGGCUUGGACGUUGCUCUCGUGCUGGCCGAGAGGGGGCUGGGACCCUUCAUCACCGUCAUCGCGGAGCAUCUGCCCGGAGAUACAUCUGCGACCUACACGUCGCCUUGGGCUGGAUGCAACUUCUCCGGCAUCUCGGGUAACGAUGCAAAUGCACUCAAAUGGGACCGCCUCGGCUACACGCAUCUCACCAGGCUGGCCUCGGAGCAUGGUGACGAGGCGUACAUCCGCCGAACAGCCUCGAUAGAGUACUGGGACGAGCACGUGCCCCAUGACAAGAUCAAGGCGAUAUCAGAGUAUCUCGAAGAUUUCAAGGAGAUACCAAGCCACGAGCUCCCCGCCGGCGUCAAGUUCGGCAUCUCCUUCACCACCCUCACCCUCAACGCGCCCAAGCACAUUGAGUACCUCUUCCGCCGGCUCAAGGACCAGUACGGCGUGCACUUUGUCCGACACAGAUUCCCCACCAUUCAGGCCGCGUACUCCAGUCCCACCACGAGGGUCGUCGUCAACUGCACCGGCAUCGCGGCCAAGACGCUGCCUGGCGUUGAGGACGAAAAGUGCUAUCCGACACGCGGUCAAGUCGUCCUUGUCAAGGCUCCGCGUGUCAAGCGCAACGUGAUGAGGCAUGGCAAGGACUACGAGACGUAUGUUAUUCCGCGGCCGGGGACGGAUGGGCAUGUGAUUCUUGGGGGAUACAUGCAAAAAGGCGCAAACAGUGAUGGAGCAACAUACUCGUAUGAGACAGAGUCCAUCAUCAACCGCUGCCUCAAGCUCUGCCCCGAGCUCGAGCCCUUUGACAUCAUCGCCUCCUUUGCAGGCCUCCGCCCCUCGCGCGAAGGCGGCGCGCGGAUCGAACGCGAAGAGAUUGUCAUUGACGGCAACAAAAAGGUCCUUGUGCACAACUACGGUGCUGGGGGCACUGGUUAUCAGGCGGGAUACGGCAUGGCCAUGGACGCGGUUGGCACUGUGGACGAUGUGUUGCGGGAUCUGGAGCGGGCCAGUCGACGGUCGAGGCUGUGA